AUGGGUUUUCUUGUUUAUGCACACUAUGUUGGGAAAUUGGAGAAUGGAAAGGUGUUUGAUAGCAGCUACAAUCGUGGGAAGCCUCUUACUUUUCGUGUCGGUGUUGGUGAGGUCAAUAAGCAAACAUUUUUAAACAGGAAAAAAAAAAAAAGGACCCGUGUACCCGGACCGAACCGGCCCGUUUCAACCGGGCCGGGUAAGGUCCGCUUCUCUGAAAAUCUUAAACCCUACACAGAGAUCCUGAAUUCUGAAGCACUAGGAUUUUUGUAUGGUGAAGUUGCGGGAGCUAGUGCAGCAUUGGAAGUAUUCAAGGCAGAUACAGCAUGUCCAAUGAGCAGAUUACGGCAGAUCCUGCCAGAUUUUAUGAAGCGAUCGUCCGAAUUGUUCCACAAAGUGCAGACGGCUGCACCAACAUAUACGGAACUGGAUCCGUUUCAGAAAACCAGCUCUGGAAAAGUGAAAGAUGCUUCGGUUGUCACCCAUGAGUUACGGUUGAUAAAGUCGUCAAUGGCGGAGCUCAAGUUAAUGAAAGAGUCUGCGUCUGUUGCUUGGGAAGUACUUCCGGAUCUGCUUGAACUGCAGACAAUGUUACACACAAAGACGCAUCCUUCUGAGGGUAGGCUAUCAGCUAAGAUUGAAUAUGAAAGCAAAAUGAAGGGUGCCCGGAGAAUGGCAUUCAAUCCUGUGGUUUGUGGCGGGUCCAAUGCUAGUGUAAUACAUUCUGAUCGGAAUGAUCAGAAAAUAAAAGAUGGGGAUUGUUGAGAAUGAGUACUUGUCUUGGAGGAUGUUGGUUGCGAGCUUCGUGGCUAUGUCAGUGAUCUUACUCGCAUCUGGCCAUCCUAUGGCAGCUUCUCGUCAGCUCAAGAAGAGCUCUACGAUCUUAUUCUGCAAACAAACAAGAUAUCUGUGGAGCUUUGUGAACCUGGUGAUAACAUUCGAGAAAUACACAACUUUUCAGUUGAAAUGCUUCACAAAGGACUCAAGGAGAUCGGAAUUCUGAAGGACUCUAGAAGCAAUUCCUACCAUCAGAUGAAUCCAACUUCCAUAGGUUUCUCUGUUCAUUCCUUGACAAAAAUUUCAGUUUUUUGUUUUUCCAAUAUAAUACGGCAUCAAUCAGACUAUGUUCUUCAUCUGUCUACGUCUGACUUGGCUUAUCAAGAUGUCAAGUACUACUAACUUUGCUUGGUAUCCGAUAUUAUUAUGUAUCCCAAGUUAUCAACAAAGGCAUUUCAAAUACUUCAUUUUUUCAAAGUUUGAGUUGGUUAAUCAAAA